AUGUCCAAACGCUCUAAAACUAAUAUAAUUUUACUUUCUUCUGGUACUCUUGUUUAUAGUUUACACUAUGGACCAUUUUCUCGAUAUUGGUGGUAUAGUACUACUAUAGAAAAUAAAAUACAACUAGUACCUAUUCGUCUUGGUAUGACUAUUUCAAUUUUUCUUAAUAGUCAAGAAUUUAUUAUGCGUAUAGUUCAAGAACAUUCAAACCAUUCACAACAACCUGGUUAUUACUGUCAAGCUGGAAAAUUUUUUAGUAAUAUUGAAGAAUCAUGUAGUGCAGCAUUAACCUCUUUAUAUCAACAAAUUUUUCAAAAUAAUCGAAAAUUAUCUGGACCUUUAGAAUUAGGUUUAGAUGAUGAAAAUAUAAUAAAUCAACUACUAGAUGGAGUUUUAUUUCAACCAUUUUUAGUUUCCUUUAACAAAUUUCAAAUCUUUAUAUAUUCAUUAGAUAAUCAAACAAAUUUGACUUUCGCAUCAUCUCUUGUAUAUAUAUAUCACAAAAAAAAAUGUUUAUUUGUACAAACAAGGGAAAAAACACUUUAUAAAAUAGAAAUUUUUGACGGAUCAAUGCUUAUUGCUACAUUUGAAGGAAAAUCAACUAUAGAAGUUUGGCAAAAAAUAGGAAUUUUACAAAAAUUAGAUAGUUCUGCACUUUUUGAAUUAAAUGACGAUUAUACUAAAAAACAAUUGGAAUUACAUGAAUUACCAACAUUACAUUUAAAUCCAGAACGUAUGCGAUUAUCAGAAAUUCGAAAUGAAUUAAUGCAACGAAAUAUAUUAUUUGAUGAAAAUUGUGACCGAACAGAAUUAAAAACAUUAUUACAACAAACCUUGGAUGCAGAAAAAAACUCUGAAUUGUUACCACCAAACCAAAAUUCUAUUAGUUUACCAAAUCCUUCAAUUCAAUAUACAAACACUAUCGAAGAACAAUAUCCAUUACCAAAAGGAUGGGCUAUAAAGGGGAAACAAAAAUUCGGAAAAAAAGGAGGUGCACAUAUUUCAAAAGAAGUUGCAGAUCUAUUAAAAGGAUAUUUUCAUGCUGGAAAUGCCAAUUCUAGUCAACGUUAUCAACCAGAGGAUAUGCUUCGUGCAUUAAACAAAAAAGCUGAUAAUAAUGAACUUGAUCGUACACAAAUACCUAAGCUAGAAACUAUACGCAAUUGGAUAUCCAGAUAUUCAAUUGUCAUAAAAAAAGAAAUAGCAGAAAAAAUGCUCACUAGCCUUAAUAAUAAUUCCGAAAAAUAA